AUGUCGCAGGAAAAGGCUGUGGGCGCCGGUACGGUGCCAACCGUCAGCCAUGGCAACGAGCAAGGCGAGGCCAUCACGGCCAUGCAGAUCGAGCGUCAGAUGACUGUGCGAGAAUCGUUCCGGUUCUGGCCCAAGGCAAUCUUGUUCUCGUUCAUCAUCUCUCUUGCUAUCAUUAUGGAGGGUUACGAUACCAACUUGAUGAGCAACUUUUACGUCUUUCCCGCUUUCCAAAAGCGAUACGGUGACCAGGUCAAUGCUGAUGGAGACCCGAUUGUGUCGGCUCGGUGGCAAACUAUCAUCAACAACGGUGUGCAAGUUGGUUCGAUUCUCGGUCUCAUCCUGAACGGUUUCAUCACUGAGUGGAUCGGAUACAAGAAGACCAUGGUCGUCUCCAUGAUUGCCAUGAUUGGUGCCGUCUUCAUCCCGUUCUUCUCCAACGGCCUGCCCAUGUUCUUGGCUGGUGCUCUCAUUCAGGGUAUCCCAUGGGGAAUUUUCCAGACGCUGGCGGUCACGUACGCCGCCGAUAUCUGCCCGACUGCUCUCAGAGCUUACAUGACUUCCUGGGUGAACAUGUGUUGGGUCAUUGGCCAGCUCAUCAGCAGUGGCAUGCUCCGUGGACUAUUGAAGAUCGAAAACCAAUGGGGCUAUCGUAUUCCUUUCGCUCUUCAGUGGAUAUGGCCCAUCCCCAUCAUCAUCGGCACAUUGUUUGCUCCCGAGAGUCCCUGGUGGCUCGUCCGCCAGGGCCGUCUCGACGAGGCAAAGGAGGCAGUUCGCAAGCUUACCUCUCCCCAGAGCGGCGUCCACUUUGACCUGGAUGCCCACGUGGAGAUGAUGCGCGUCACGAACCAGUUCGAGAUCGAGGUCAGCUCUGGUACACACUACUGGGAUUGUUUCCGCGGAGUCGACCGGCGUCGUACUGAGAUCUCGUGCAUGGUCUGGCUGACCCAGUCAUUCUGCGGAGUUCCAUUCAUGGGAUAUGGUGUGCAGUUCAUGAGAAACGCCGGCUUGAGCGCCGAGAACGGCUUCACCAUGGGCUUGGUGCAGAACUGCAUCGGUCUCAUCGGCUGCUUUAUCGCCUGGUACAUCAUGACUCACAUCGGUAGACGUACCCUCUACCUGGCUGGUCUGUCGUCCAUGGUUAUCAUUCUGAUCAUCAUCGGAGGCCUCGGCGUUCCUGCGAUGAGCUCAGGAACUUCAUGGGCUGUGGGAGCUCUCAUCGUCGUGAUGCUCUUCCUGUUCCAGCUCAGUGUUGGCCCAUCCUGCUAUACGCUCGUAGCUGAGAUGCCCUCUACCCGACUUCGUGUCAAGACUGUCGCUCUCGCACGUGCUAUCUACAACACUGGAGGUUUCGUUGUAAACGCACUUCAGCCCAACAUCAUCGGAGAGAACGAAUGGAACUGGGGUGCCAAGGGCGGUUUCUUCUGGGCCGGCGUUGCGAUGCUGUUCCUAAUCUGGACCUUCUUCCGCUUGCCGGAGCCGUUUGGCCUUACCUACUCCGAGAUUGACUUGUUGUUCGAGCACCGUGUUGGAGCCCGCCACUUCUCACAGGAGGCUGCUGAUUCUCUGCGACCGCAGUUGGAGGAGGUCGCCAACCGCCGUGAGAAGCUUGCGACGGUGGUUAGCCACCAGGAGGCUUAA